AUGAAAACGAUGGAAGAUUCCGGUGAAAUUGAUACGAGAAAUGUUGUUAAGAACCGAGAGUUAAUGUAUCGUAUGAUUAUAAGUCAACUGUACUAUGAUGGAUUCCAGCCCAUUGCAGCCACAUUAGCAGCUGCUGUGCAUGCUGACCCACCCUGUCCCCCAAGUGACAGGCUCCUUAACCUGAUGAUGGUUGGACUUCAACAUGAACCUGACAGAAAAGACAGAUUAGCAGCUGCAAAUGUAGCUGAACAUUUAAUGGGGACUACCGGUUUUGAUUUGGAAUUCGAAAUGGACGCGUCCUCAUUGGCUCCCGAGCCGGCUACGUACGAGACGGCGUACGUGACGUCACACAAGAUGGCGUGUCGUGCGGGUGCGUUUAGCUCCUGUGGACAGUUGGUCGCUACGGGCAGUGUGGAUGCUAGUAUUAAGAUUUUAGAUGUUGAGAGAAUGUUGGCAAAGUCCGCUCCGGAGGAGGUGGAAGCUGGAAGAGAACAACAGGGACAUCCGGUGAUACGUACUUUAUAUGACCACACAGACGAAAUAACAGCGCUAGACUUUCACCCCCGGGAACAGAUCCUGGUGUCGGCGUCUAGAGACUGCUGCAUCAAGCUUUUUGAUAUCACAAAAGCUUCAGCGAAAAAAGCUUACAAGUCUAUAACGGACGCCGAACCCGUCCUAAGUGUCGCCUUUCACCCGUUGGGUGAUCAUAUCAUAGCUGCAACCACUCACCCCGUGAUACGAUUGUAUGAUGUCACCACCAGCCAAUGCUUCGUUUGUCCAAUCAACUCCCAUCACCACAAGAAACAAGUGAAUUCUAUUCAAUUUUCGCCGAACGGCAAGUACUACGCCAGUGGGAGCGCGGAUGGAAGCGUGAAGUUAUGGGAUACGGUGUCGAAUAGGUGUUUUAACACCUUCCGUAACGCACACGAGGGGGAGGUGUGUUCGGUCGCGUUUACGCGUAAUAGCAAGUACCUACUGACUUCUGGAAUGGAUUCAACAAUAAAGUUAUGGGAACUGGCGAGCAGCCGCUGUCUCAUACAGUACACCGGGGCUGGUACCACUGGCAAGCAAGAGCACCCGGCCCAGGCGAUUUUUAACCACACUGAAGAUUAUGUGCUGUUCCCGGAUGAGGCCACUACUUCACUCUGCACUUGGCAUUCCCGGAGUGCGAGUAGAUGUCAGCUCAUGUCAUUGGGGCAUAACGGUGCUGUUAGACAUAUCGUACACUCUGCUACGGCGCCAGCGUUUUUGACUUGUAGCGACGAUUACAGGGCUCGAUUUUGGUAUAGACGCAAUACGCACUAA